AUGAAAAAGCAAAGUAAAAUUGAUGCAAUUUUUAAGAGAAAAGUUACUGAUAACGUUGGAGUUCAAACAAGCCAACCCUCUAAUCCUAUUUCACAAGAAGGUCAAGUAAGUGAGCUCUCUAAUCUUACUCAAAAUACAUAUCAACAUGAAACUAAAGUACCAAGAUUAGAAAGAGAUGUUGAUAUCUCUUUACUAGAAAGGGAUCCAGGAAAGCGACGUCCAAUUUGGCAGUAUAAUGUCAAUGAACGUGAUAAGAUUCGUAGAGCAUACAUAAUAGCUGGGCCAUACCAACCAACAAAUAUUAGCUAUCCAGCUUCUAGUAAUAACAAUCACCGUCGAUAUUUUCAAUCUUCUUGGUUUAAGAAAUUUUCAAGUUGGUUAGAAUAUUCACCAGAAAAAGAUGCUGCUUAUUGUUUGCCUUGCUACUCGUUUGGUAAACAUUAUGGUGCUCGCAAUGAUGGAAAAAAUGCAUUUUCAGAGUUAGGAUUUAGUAACUGGAAGAAAGUAAACAAUGGGGUAAAUUGUGCAUUUGUAUGUCAUGAGGGUUCUAUUCCUAAUUCUCCCCAUAAUUUAUGUGUGAAAUCUUGUGAUGAUUUGAUGGCUCAAUCUAAGCAUAUAGACAAAGUUCUUGAUAGGCAUAGUGAUGAAACUAUUGCAAAUAACCGUUUAAGGUUGAAGACAUCUAUUAAUGCUAUUCGAUGGCUUGCAUUUCAAGCAUGUGCAUUUAGAGGCGAUGAUGAAAGUCCUAGAUCUUUGAAUAGGGGGAAUUUUAUUGAGUUAAUUAAGUUUUUAGCUUCCUGCAAUCAGAAUGUUCAUAAUGUUGUCCUUGAAAAUGCUCCUGGAAAUGCUCAAUAUAUAUCUCCUAGUGUUCAAAAAGAUAUAUUGCAUAUCUUUGCUAGAAAAGUGCGUGCAACAAUUCGAGAAGAAAUUGGUGAUUCUAAAUUUUGUAUAAUUAUUGAUGAAGCAAAAGAUGAGUCAAAGUGA